AAAAAGGCCUGCCUCUAUCUAUCUCAACGAGAAGCUUCUGAUGAAAAUAUUGUGAAAAUUCGUGUUUAUUGUGCAAAAAUACGUUCAAAUGCAUUAUUAAAUAAUGCUAGUUGUGCUAAUGCUAUGCCCACCACUGGCAGCCAAUUGUAAACUGACGCGCAGACUUAGCUAAACGUCACAAAAUUUUUGUUUUUUUGAUUGUUCGAUUUUUCACAAAGCACAAAAAUCUGUGCAAGUGGAAAAUCUGGUCGUAUGCAACUGCAAUUUGAAAACGAGCAAAUCCAAUCUUAAGCACAAAUGUCGCAUUAAGCAAGCACCAAAAUUGCAUUUUCGAACAUUUCCGCCUGCACCUGGUUUCCGUGGACGUGCUUUGGAUCCGUGGAUAACAGAGACGCAAAGAUAGACGCCGUGUGGGGUUGGGCUUCCGCCCCGCUGCGUUUAGCGGCGAACAGAAUGGGCGAUCCUUUACUGCCUGGCUCCACCGGCCUUGGCAGCGGCGCUCCUGCCGCAGCCACAGGUGGCUCGGGCACAACGGGAACUGGCCUGGGCAGCGGUGGCACCAGCGGUGCCGAACGCCCGCCCUCGCCAGCCCGACUCACCCACACAUCGGAGAAGCAUCCAAAAGUGACGCUUACCGAACUAAACAUGCUGCGACGGCAUCGGGAGCUCUGUGACGUAGUACUCAAUGUGGGCGGACGCAAGAUCUUUGCCCAUCGCGUCAUCUUGAGCGCAUGCAGCUCAUAUUUUUGUGCCAUGUUCACUGGCGAGCUGGAGGAGUCGCGCCAAACAGAGGUCACCAUUCGCGAUAUUGAUGAGAAUGCAAUGGAGCUGCUAAUUGAUUUUUGCUACACCGCCCACAUUAUUGUGGAGGAGUCCAAUGUCCAAACGCUGCUGCCAGCCGCCUGCCUCCUGCAGCUCGUCGAAAUACAGGACAUAUGCUGUGAGUUUCUGAAGCGACAACUCGAUCCGACCAACUGCCUGGGCAUACGCGCCUUCGCCGACACUCACUCCUGCCGCGAGCUGCUGCGCAUUGCUGAUAAAUUUACGCAACACAACUUCCAAGAGGUAAUGGAGAGCGAGGAGUUCCUGCUUUUGCCCGUCGGCCAAUUGGUGGAUAUCAUUUGCAGCGAUGAGCUCAACGUUCGCAGCGAGGAGCAGGUCUUUAAUGCAGUCAUGUCCUGGCUCAAGUACAAUGUCGCUGAGCGGCGACAGCAUUUGGCACAGGUGCUGCAGCAUGUGCGUUUGCCGCUGCUUUCGCCCAAGUUCCUGGUGGGCACUGUGGGCUCUGAUCUCCUGGUUCGCUCGGACGAAGCCUGCCGUGAUCUGGUCGAUGAGGCCAAAAAUUACCUGCUACUGCCACAGGAGCGACCACUGAUGCAGGGCCCGCGUACCCGUCCACGCAAGCCCACGCGGCGCGGAGAGGUGCUUUUCGCUGUGGGCGGCUGGUGCUCGGGCGAUGCCAUUGCAUCUGUUGAACGUUUCGAUCCCCAGACCAAUGAUUGGAAAAUGGUUGCGCCUAUGAGCAAACGACGAUGCGGCGUCGGCGUUGCCGUUCUCAAUGAUCUACUCUAUGCUGUUGGUGGACAUGAUGGUCAAAGUUAUUUGAAUAGCAUAGAGCGCUAUGAUCCGCAGACUAAUCAAUGGUCCUGCGAUGUUGCGCCAACCACAUCAUGCCGCACAAGCGUCGGCGUAGCCGUACUGGAUGGCUUUCUGUAUGCGGUGGGCGGUCAGGAUGGCGUUCAAUGCUUGAAUCAUGUCGAACGCUAUGAUCCAAAGGAGAACAAAUGGUCCAAGGUGGCUCCAAUGACCACACGCCGUCUGGGAGUUGCUGUUGCCGUCCUGAGCGGCCAUCUAUAUGCCAUAGGCGGCUCCGAUGGCCAAUGCCCGCUCAACACUGUAGAACGCUAUGAUCCUAGGCAAAACAAAUGGGUGGCCGUCAAUCCUAUGUCCACUCGUCGCAAACAUCUUGGCUGCGCCGUAUUUAAUAACUAUAUUUAUGCCGUUGGCGGACGGGAUGAUUGCAUGGAACUGUCGUCUGCUGAGCGCUACAAUCCACUAACCAACACCUGGAGCCCAAUAGUGGCCAUGACCUCGCGGCGUAGCGGCGUCGGCCUAGCCGUAGUCAACGGGCAACUGUACGCUGUGGGCGGCUUCGAUGGCUCCGCCUAUUUGAAAACCAUUGAGGUGUAUGAUCCAGAGACGAAUCAAUGGCGCCUGUGCGGCUGCAUGAACUAUCGUCGUCUGGGCGGCGGCGUUGGCGUUAUGCGUGCACCCCAGACUGAGAAUUAUAUGUGGAUACGGAAGGAUUCUGUCGUCUGAUGGGAACCGAAGCCGACGCCAGCUUUGCCGUCGCAAACGCUGCCGCCGCCGCAUUUCUACUGAAACAAAAACAACAACAACAAACAGACCGACAGAUAACUGCAACAAAUCGAAGCCAAAUUUUUCCAGCGUUUUAAAGUUGAGCAAUGUGUACGUUAUUGUAUAAUUAAUUGUUAAUUGUUUCUCAUUUGGUAGCGCUUUAAAAGAAAAUGUUUGUUGUGUCGCGCGUUUUAGCAAAUAUGCAUAGUGUUAGAUUCAAACCGAGACACACCCCCAUAUAUACAUAUAUAAAUAGAUAUAUAUAAACAUAUGCAUAUGCUUACAUGAACGUAAAAUGUCAUUAGCUAUUAACAAAUGCUAAAUGUUCUUUGUAAAAAACAAAAAAUAGUUGUUGGUUAAAAUUUCAAGGAAAUUUCUAAAAUGCCUUCUCUCCAAAAAAUUAACUGAAAUGUCUCGAAAAAUAACGCAUUAAAAAUCAAAUAUAUAUAUAUUUACAUAUAUAAUUGCUAAUAUGCUUAUUGUAAAAUGCCUAAACAAAAAACUGAUAAAUAAUAAUGCAUGUAGGGCUUAUAAAACAAUACUUGAAUUUGUAAAUUGUUUAUGCAUCAAAAUGAUAAUUGCAUAAAGAACGACAAGUAAAUCAAACAAAUAAUUUUAACCGAAUUUCACAUAAGCCCUUACAACAGCUUCCUAUCAAGCUUAAAAAAGGAUUUAACAUACAAUGAAAUUUAGACCUAACCUAGUAUAUAACAAAUUUCAAUAGUAAAAUUAACGAGUACAUACAUAUAUCUAAUUUAUAAGUUUAAACAAUUGUCGAAAAGUAAUGCAAUCUGUUAAGUGUUGUGACAGCUGCGGAAGUCACAAUAUGUUGCUAAGGAACCAACUCGAAAUAACAAAACAAACAAAAUCGCAGCUAUAACUUUUAAUGUAGGUUUUUAUGCAUUUUAUUUAUUAUUAUAUUUUUUGUCUCGUUGUUCCCUUGAAACUCAUAAACAUACAUUUAUAUAUAUAUUAUUCAUUCAUAUUAAUUUAUUAUUGAUUUUUAUUAAAAAUGAUUUCGCACUUUAUUAUUGUAUAA